CUCGACCAAUGGAGAUCGUCUACAUGUAGAAGAAAAAUCAGUGUAUAUUAUAAUCACUGGUCGCCGGUCGCCCACAUUCACUCAUCCGUUUCCGAGCUACGAGAAAAAACAUACUUAAAUAAUUAUCCGUACAGAUCGAGACACCUAUUUUUGCUGAUUUAUAUUUAUAUACAUAUUUCUUCUACCGUUAAAUCAUCACUCUAAACCGCCAUCAUGUCUGAACGCAAGGUCGUGAUCAAGAACGUUGACAUGUCAGAAGACAUGCUGCAAGACGCUACUAAUGUGGCCGGCCAGGCGAUUGACAAGUUCACUAUCGAGAAGGACAUCGCCGCCUACAUCAAGAAGGAGUUCGACAAGAAGUACAACCCAACCUGGCAUUGCAUCGUCGGCCGCAACUUCGGCAGCUACGUGACGCACGAGACCAAGCAUUUCAUCUACUUCUAUUUGGGACAAGUCGCUUUCCUGCUCUUCAAAUCGGGCUGAAUUUUAACUUUUUCCAGCUUCAUAUUGCUACAUGCAAAAUAUAACUAGAGAGAAGAGUUGGUCUGAAACAUCAAGAACAAAGAACAGUCACACGGUGGUGGGAUUCAAUUCAUUCUGACUUUGUCACUGCAUGAUUCUUAGAAAUUCGGCUUACUACGGAGUAAUUUUCGGAGAUGCUCGCGAAGAUAAUAACAUGUUCCUACGAACGGGUAUGAAGUUUGUUGAAAGAGCAAGAAAUUUCGCGAAAAAAUGGGUCAUAAAAUUAUUUUCAAAGAUAUUCGCGAAUAAUAUGUAAAUGCGUAUGUACAUGUUUAUGCAAAA